CCACACUUACCGCUUAAAUGCGGCAGAUCGUUUUCCGCUCAUAUGCCUGGAGAUCUCAAAAAAAGAAGAUAUCUUAGGAAGCCCGCUGAAAAAGACGGGUCUUACGAAGAUUAUUGGCUAAAAAAUCAAGCCCGUUUGCCCUUUCUCAUUAGUCCUUUCCUUCUACAACACAAAGUUAUCGACAGCUGAUAUAGAGAGGUGCUUUUACGUAAGCAAAAAGGUUCUCGACAAUAGAUUUUCGUUGGCGAGUGCAAAUCUUAGAAGUGCAAUGAUAAUUCGUAAUCGAUUGAAGUGUUUUAAUUUGAGCUCAGAAACGCAUAUGACUGAAAACAUUCCAGUAGAGGCUUGCAUUAUGGAUGAGGAGGACAACCGCUGA